AAGACCCCCAACCAAAUCAACAUGCCGCUGUGUGUUAACCGCUUAGAAUCAAUCUUCUAUGUACAGGCUGUCCGAGACUUCCAUCAAGGACCAUCAGACAUGCCUGGUAAACCGGCAUGGACCAUCUGGGAGAAAAAAUGGGUGCUCAGCCGGGCGAUCCCUGAUAAGAAUAGAAUCAGGUACAUAAGAUAAUCCCUUUUCUUUUGGCCGGGCCCUUCUUGGUGGGCUUUCAAUCGAUUUGCCUUGGCCUUUGGUCGGAUCCUUUCGCUCUCCUGUCCUAGUCCUCACCAGCUUCGACCAUGCGAUUUUCCACCCUUUCGCUCUGGACGGCCGUGGGCCUGGUCUCUGCCAGCGCCGUUCCUCAACCUUCACGCGCCCCAACCACGGUCGAUGACCAACUUUUCUCGGGCGGAUGUACGCCUGAGACGAUGACCAUUCGAAAGGAGUGGCGGAACAUGACCAAGGUGGAACAAAAAGGAUAUCUGAAGGGAGUGCAGUGCUUGAUGGAUCUUCCCGCGCAGACGGGGCUGGAGGCCACGACGAACCGCUUCAGCGAUCUCCAGGCUUUGCACCGGGCCCUUACCGACACUCCGCUGGGCGACAUUAUCCAUACCGUGGGCCAAUUCCUGCCCUGGCACCGAUACUUCCUACAUGUUUACGAGACCUUACUAAAGGAGGAGUGUGGAUACACCGGGCCCAUGGCAUGGUGGAAUGAGGAGUAUGAUACCGACGCUGGCAAUCUAUUUCGGUCGGAGAUGUGGGAUGCCGAUAGCUUUGGGGGCAACGGCACGGAGCCCGACGGAUGCGUCACGGACGGUGCGUUCGCCUACUAUACCGAGCAUAUUGGUCCCCAGGAGGAGAACACGGUCUUUUGCAUGAACCGAAGCUGGGGGAACCCCGAGGCGAUUCAGAACACCACCGGCGCUGCGGUCGCAAACUGCAACUCCUACGAUACCUAUACUCCCUUCUGGUUUUGCAUUGCGUCCACGCCUCAUCGAGGCGGUCACUGGGCGGUUGGCGGAGUUAUGGGGGACGUGAAAACGUCUCCAGGUGACCCCCUGUUUUACUUGCACCACGGCUACAUCGACCGUCUGUGGUACCGGUGGCAGAUGGUCGACCCGGCCAACCGGCUGUGGGACAUCAGUGGGAACGCCCUCAAUGAGUCGGUCAACGUCGAACCCCCGACGGGGUGGCCGCAAACGACCCUCAAUUAUACCCUUACCACCUUGAACGUCAUGCCGGAUACCCAUGUGGCCGAGGUGAUGAACCCGGUCGGGGGAUACCUGUGCUAUGACUAUGAAGGUUGAGCGAUAUGCUGCGAUGAAUACAGUUGAUUGAUGUAUAGAUUGUUGGUCAGAUGGAACACUAUAGUAUAGGGUAUAGGAGUCAUCAGUCGACGCUUUGUACGCGUAGAUGUCCUAUAUAGAAAGUUUGGGGGUAUGGCUGCUGUGCACAUGACAUGAAGAGUCUGGCUCUUCUGACCAUUCCAAGCGGCAGUAGAGAAGAGAGUGUAUGUAGCCCGGGGAUUAUUUAUCAGUCAUGGGGGGAUU